ACAGAUCGACCUCAGUCCAACCUAGAAAAGACACUUCUGGCAUGGUGCAGAAAGUGUACUCACGGCUACCAGCGGGUUAACGUCACCAACUUCACGACCAGUUUCCGAGAUGGACUGGCCUUCAACGCCAUCUUCCAUUAUCACAAACCAGAUGCCUUCAACUACAUGCCACUACUCAGCCAAGACCACGUCUCCAACUUAAACCACGCCUUCAACUUUGCUGAACGGUAUUUCGGUAUAGAGGCCAUACUAGACGCCGAUGACAUUAGCGUAGACCAGCCAGAUAAGAAAUCCAUACUCAUCUACGUC